AUGUCUAUCCCUGGACUAGGAUCUGAAACUACCUACGAAGAUAGUCUAAAAUCGGUUGUGAUCCCUCAAGGAUCUGAAUGGCGAAUUGAAAUCCCAGUUAAACAGAUUAUCAAGUUUAAAGUUACAGAGGGGAUUUUAGAAAUCAAUGGUACAGAAUUACCAAACAAUGUUGAACUACAAUUGACAGGAACAAAAGGCAGUAUCUAUUCACCUAAGCAAGAAUCCAAACUCGAAUACACAUUGGUGCAAAACCAAGACAUGUCGAUGUACGAGGACGAAGAAUUCAGCGAGUAUGUGAGUAGUGAAACCAAUAUGGAGUCCGUGUUGAAUUUACACAUGUAUCUCGAAUCGAAACGACAAGCUGCUGCCGACCACAACGUAUCUUCAUCCGAAAAAGAGCCCAUUUUGGGACCACGGAUCAUGGUUCUAGGCGGGAGACAUCUGGGUAAAACCACCCUCGCAAAAACCUUAAUCUCAUACGCAGUCAAAAUGGACCAUUGUCCAAUACUAGUCAACUUGAACCCUCAAGAUGGAGUAUUUGCGUUACCUGGAUCGAUAUCAGCCACAGCUAUUGGAGAUUCCUUGGAUAUCGAAAGUUGUAGCGGGUACGGAUUAACAACCACCACCACGGGAGGGAACCCAUUAUCAAAACAACCCAUUGUAAAAAACUAUGGAUUUACAACUAUAAAUGAAAACAUGGAUUUGUACAAGUACCAAGUUUCACAAUUGGGCAUAACGGUGGUGUCACGAUUAGAGCAGGACUUGCAGUGCGGGAAUAGUGGCGUUGUUGUUGAUACUCCGCCACUUGGCAUCAAAGAAUUUGAUGUGAUUGAAUCGAUAAUUGGUGAUUUCAGAAUCGAUUUGAUUGUAGUGGUGGGCAAUGAGAAACUCAGCAUCGAUUUGCAAAAAAAGUUACUGCAUAAAUCCAAUUUACAAAUUGUCAAGUUGAAUAAACUGCCAGGAGUCGUUGAAGUUAGUGACAAGUUUAUUCGAAUGAGUCAAGAAGCCACUAUAAGGGAGUAUUUCAAUGGAAACUACAAAACUAGACUAUCACCAUUCAAGACGGAUAUUGACGCCACUGGGUUGCAGAUAUUCAAAGCGGUUAAAGAUUCAGUGUCAUUGUCUUUUUUGCCAGCGGGUGACGAUUUCGAACGUGAUGAAACGGAUAACGAUUUGAGCAAAUAUUAUCUGCCCUUGGAUCCAAGCUCUUCCAAUGUUGACAACUCCAUUAUCGUGGUUACGCAUCUACAACUGUCCACUCCUGGUACAGAUUUACUACAUUCAUCAGUGUUGGGCUACAUACACGUAUCCAAGUUUGAUGACGAAAAGAAGAAACUAAAAGUAUUGCUUCCAUUUCCCGGAGUGUUUCCUAGAAAUGUAUUGAUAGCUACUGAUAUAGGAUAUAAUGAAUAG